AUGCUCUCCCUACCAUCACUCACACCACGCGAUUCCCAUGAACUCUGGUUUGGCACUUCCCAACCCCACUCCGAACCAACAGACCCAGCAAAUCCCUUUGCACGCCGCAAUGCCGGCUCACCGAGUCACCGCGCGUUCCUCCCCUCCCGCUCCCCGGGGAACACACUGGCUGCGCUCGCCGCAGAAGAACGCAAGCUGCGUGCGCGAAAACUCCACAUCGCCUCCUUUGGAUAUUCCUGGAUCAGACCGGCAGGAUGUGCGAAAACCAUGCUCGGGAUGAAAGAAGAGGAGGCAGAGCGCGAAGAGGCGAUGCAGGCGGCGGCGGCGGAGAUGGAGGCUGCCGAAGGGGGCAUCCUGGAUGAUACGACACACCCCGAAGAAGAGGGGAUGGAGCGGGAUCUGGAUGAGGAGAUUCCCAAUGCGGAGGAGGAGCCGUCGGGUCUCAUCGAAGAAGGAGAGGAGGGACUCGAAGAGGAAGGAGAAUACAUGGAGCGGGAUUUGGAUGAUGAUAUUCCCGAAGGCUUUGUGGAUGACGAGUACGAGGGCUCGGGACUUUAUGAUGAUGAUGACGACGAUGAUUUCGAUAACCAGCCUGAUUUGGAUGCGGACAUCCCUGAGGAAAGUGAACGGGACUUGGAUGAUGAGAUCCCCGACGCAGAGGGCUCUCCGGAAGAAUGGCAGCACACGGAUAGUGAGGAGGAGCUGAGCGAGGAUGAUUCCAGUCUGAUGCAGUCGGCAAUGGCUCAGUCUCGGUUCACAGAAAACUUUCCAACCAGCACACCUAAUUUCCGGACCAGCACGCCGAAUAGUCGGGGCGGGUUACCUCCGCCAACCUUGCGCCGGGGACGGGAGACGGAGGCGCAGAGCCGCUUUAUCAAUCGCUGGAGUGGCGGGGGGGAUGCAUUCGACUCCAGCAGCAUGCUGUACAGCGAUGGGGAUCUACGCGCUUCGGUGACCAGCCAGAGCAGUCGACGCAGUGGAUUUGGACGGUUACCGAGACACAUCGGUGGGCCUCGCGACAGUUUGAAUUAG